AUCUGUCAGUCAGUGUCCAUCAGUCCAUCCACAACUCCAGCACCAGCAGCUGAUCCUUUUUCAUGUUUUCCAUCGUUCCGCGGAAUCGCUUUUCCUGGUGAAAUUCGCGACGGGCUUGCGCACUGGUGUUUGUGUUUUUCGUAAAUUUCGUGAGACGACGACGAUGAUGGCUUGGUGCGUGUGUGGCGGAGUCGCAAAGUUUUAAGCCUGCUUCAAAAGUCACAAGUUUUGUCAGUGUCCCCCCUCGGAUUAUGUUUCAUCGCCGUCGGAAAGAGUAGGGCGUGUUGUGUGUAUCGUUACGGGAACCGUGCACCGUGGUGUUGGAACCGACGGUAGAUGUGAGUCCGGGUGUGUGUGUCAAAGUGGAAUUCAGACGCCCAGACACAGCAAAAUGCCCAAUCGAAUUCGGCUGAUGGUGGAAAUGCAUCGAUUCGACUGUCAUUAGGAGAGAGAGCGCAAAGAAACGCGAAACGUCUAGACGGGAAGAUUAGGGUGCGGGGUUCCGCCGACACCGGUUCCGGAAUUUUUCUGACGGCAUCGAUUCCAUCGAAUAACGUCGAAUUAGACAGGAAUUGCGACACCCCACCUAGAGUUUUUGUAACGCAACCUGCGGAAUCAAGUGAAAUCUACGACGACGACGACGACCAUGGGAUUCGUCAAAGAUCCGUGCGGAAUUGUUUGCGUGCUGGUGACCUACUUGGCCGUGAUUUACGCCGACUAUGUGGUGACCCGCUGGAUCAUUCUGCAGACCAUGCAAAAUAGCUUGUGGGCCCCCUUCCACGUGGUCACGUUCAACACGAUCGUGUUCCUGCUGGCGAUGGCCCACCUGAAGGCGGUCCUGCUCGACCCGGGCACCGUCCCGCUGCCCCAGACGCGCAUCGACUUUUCCGACCUGCACUCGGAGCGAAACUACAACCGCGAGCACGAGGAGUGGACGGUUUGUACGCGGUGCGAGACGUACCGGCCACCGCGGGCGCACCACUGCCGGAUCUGCAAGCGGUGCAUCCGCCGGAUGGACCACCACUGUCCGUGGAUCAACAACUGCGUGGGCGAGCGCAACCAGAAGUACUUUUUGCAGUUUCUGAUGUACGUGUGCGCGCUGGCGCUGUACUCGAUCUUCCUGAUCAUCGCGUCGUGGGUGUACCCGUGCGAGAACUGCACGACGACGGUGCCGGAAACGCAGAGCCGGAUGCUGCACAGCGUGCUGCUGCUGCUGGAGUCGGCGCUGUUUGGGCUGUUUGUGAUUGCGAUUAUGGUGGACCAGAUGCACGCGAUUCUGUACGACGAGACGGCCGUUGAGGCGGUUCAGCAGAAGGGACCGUAUCGGACUCAUCGGCCGAAGAUGGCGCUGCUGGCGGAGGUUUGCGGCCGUGGGCACCCGGUCAUGUGGAUGUUCCCGUGUGCUAGUUUGAAUCGGAAGCUCCACGAUGUGCCGCUGCUGAGCCAUGACGUUUAAGAGGGGUCGUUUGAGGUAGGAGGUAGAACAGAGAAUUGUACUCUAUUUUGUGUUCCCGCGCGCUCUGUGUUAGAAGUAUCAUGUUUCGUUGCUUUUUCGAACGCGUUUCUGGUCACGCAGCAGGAGCCAGCAAAGAAAGGAUUCGACCGUAAAUCGGUGACAACUUAAAGAGUAUAUAUAUUUAGUAUGUAUGUAUUAGUCAUUUAUGGAAACAAAAACGGGAGGGGGGUGUUGGGGUAGAAAAGCUAGAUAAAUAUUUACGGCUUCCGGUGCACUGCGGAAAAGCAAGAAAAAACUCAAAGUAAUGCCGAAGCUAAUGCGUAUCGAGGUGGGGUUGUCUUCCUUCGAGCUGUUUUUUGGUUUUAACGGUAAUCGUGCCAGGUGCGCCAAGUUGUAAAUGAUUUUAUUUCGACAGCCAGCAUUAAUACUAUGAUUAGUAAGCCAAUUCGUUGCAACAAUCGAUUGAGAAGGAUAACAAAAAACUUUGCAUGUUGAUGUGCUUUGAAUAUCAAAAUCGAGUAAAACAAAAUAGUUCCAGUAACUAAGAACAAUUGAACAAAUGACGUACAAAAUGUGAACCACAUUGUAUUUAAAACCGUAGUCAGACCAACAAAUCAAACUACUAAAAUUAAAA